CGGUUCAUUGCAAAGCAAGCUAGCUUGUAAGGAGGAAAGAAAAUCAAGGGCGGACAACCGAACAAGAACCAAGCCAGAACGGCGAAGCCAUCUGGUGGAAUCCAAUCGCAUCGCAUCGCAUCGCAUCAUACCUUUUUAUUGAAUCCGAUCCGAUCCGAUCCGAUCCAAUCCAUUCCAAUCACACCACCGAAACAAAACAAAAUCAUCGAAUCGAAUCGAGUAACUAAAUCAGCCAAGAUGGAGGACAAUGCGAGUAUCAUUCCUGGCAUAAAUGCAUCCAGGACAGCUGUAACCCCUUCUCUUCUCCCUUCCUAUCCAAUGCCUGUGCAGCUCAACUUCAUUCCGGGCGGGGUCAGUUACAACACGGACAACAACAAUGACCGGACCAAUCCAGACCAAAACAACAAAAUGGGGAAGAACUCAGCCGGUGUCUCGAACGAUCACACGUAUCUCUUGUCGACUUUUUCUUACUCAGACAACAUCCCGGAGCGAUCUUCCUCAUCGUCUCUGUCGCUGUCUAUGUCGGGCACUCCGCGAUCCGGUGGAAGGGGCGGCAAGUUUUUCGGCAGUCCGAUGUCCGAGGUGCCCAGGCUUACCUUUCUUGACAACAGCGCCGAACACAAGGCCGGUAUCCAGGGGCUUCUCUACACACCCGAUUGGUUGGCGCACAAGGCCAGGCUAGCGGACGAUCUCUUGAAUUAUUACGUUCGUACGUACCACAAGGAUGUGAGCCAACCGACCCUCGUAUUUUUGCCUUCCCUGUCGGUCCUAGCGAAUGCCGCGUUCGGUCGGCUGACCGGUGUUCCCCCGCUUCGUGCGAAAACCUGGGCCGAUGCAAUGGUUUUGCAAUAUAGCCACGACAAAGUCGAAGACGACGACUGCAAUAUCGACGAAGACGGAGAUGAGAAGCGAAAAGAUCCCCCGGCCGCCAUGGUUAACGUAACGGGGAGCGGUGGCACCACCGUGGCAUACCUGAAAAAACUAUUGGAAGAGGACCAACUAGCCGAAAACGGAGGAAAGGGUUGCGAGAUCCGGCGUCCCCGUCGGCCGUGCGGGUACGUCUUUAAGAGAGGCGACAUUGCUUGGAAUUGCCGAACUUGUCAAACCGAUUCCACCUGCGUAAUCUGCGACACCUGCUUUAGGCAUUCGGACCACGAAGGUCACGAGGUCUACUUCCAUCGAACCACCCCGGGAGGAUGCUGCGAUUGCGGAGACGCUGAAGCCUGGAAGCCGGAGGGAUGCUGCCCCGUACACAGACCGUUGACGCCGGUGUCUUCCACCGGGGGCAGCCCGGAUGGAGUCGACGACGAGGCCGACCCGGAGGAAGCCGUUCGAAUGGCCCAGCAGGGUCUGAAGGACGGACUGGAAACCCUCCGUCAGGCGCCAACGAAGCUAGAGCCCAAACUGGCCGCGGCCCUCGCGGCUGUGAUUGGGGCCGCCGUCCGAUGCGUCACGGAAGCCGUCGACGGAGCGGGUGUGGGAGCGGAUCCCGCGCAAUGGCAGCUGCGGUGGGCCGACGAGGCCUGCCGAAUCUGGAACGGAGUCGCGGAAACCCACGACUACCACAAUCUGAAAUCGGUUAAGCAGCCCCUGAAGAAACCGAGCGACUUUCUCCCCGACACAACGAUCAGUCAUUGUUUCCCCGGCAACUACAAGCUGCAGCUACGGCUCCACAACGACGAUGUACACACGUUCGACGAGGUCAUAGACGCGCUGCGCGGCAAUAUGACCCACGAUGGCCCUGUGGGCAAACCCCUGGUCACCAACAAGGACGAAGCCACCCAAAUGACGCACCACGUCGAUGCCGACGGGCAAGUUACCGUGAAGAUGUAUACCACCAUCCAGGCGGCAAUGGAGGGAUACAAGCGGCUCAAGUCGCGUGGAUUGCACUGCGCGGUGGUCAGUUCCGCACAAUUCGACAUGGAGCAACGGGCGCGACACUUGUUGUCGUGGCUGUCGGAAAUCAGUGCGGCCCAUCCCUCCGCGGCGGUAUUGGUAGUACACGCAUUGCUCCAGAUCAAGUCGACACAAGAUCUGGGAGGUAUCUCCGUUUGGCAAGAGCCCAGAAUGAUCCCUACAUGGGUGGCCCCUAACGAAACGGACGAGAUGGCACUUCACAGGCGUUUCAAGGUGUUCCCUCCGCAUCUAGCGACGAGUUACUUGACGGGGGAGGAGGCAGAGAAACUCCACGCAAUGGCGAUGAAGGUGGAUGCAAAAGCAUUUUUGGAGUUCACKGGUGAGUCCCAAAAAAAAACGCGUGAAUGCCGAGUUCAUCAUUGUUGUUUAUAAGGUGGUGUUGGUUCCUUCAAUUUUGUCUGUUUAGCCAGAUACGUGUGUUUCUCAAUCUGAAAUUAUUCUCUAUUUGUUGAUUUACUUCUGGUAGGUGCCGAUCCAACAACCUAUUCGAAUGUUCCAUACAGGCUUCCAUCCGCCAAAUACCGAAAGUCGCCACACUCGCUCUGGGGGACACUGCCGUCUCUGUACGAUGAUUCUGUUCCUAUUGUCAAGAAGCACCCCCUGCUUUCGUUGCUGAAGUCAGGAAAAUGGACCAUGGGAGAAUGGGAUGCGGAAUUGUUUGCUAUGAGAAAUGACCUCACAGAAACUGUUUACGUAAUUGAUACCGAUUUGAGAAAACAGCAAGAAGCUGAUCAGACACUGUCAACUGUCUUCUCCCAUAGAUUGCCUGGUCUCUAUAUGAUUAGUGGUGUUGGAACCAUUAAACCCAAUAUGGUUGGGGCGAAUCCCUCAUCUCCACCAAACCCAAUGGAGUACCGGCCUCUACUGGCAGCUUCUUCUUUUCGAGCUCCCGUUUCCCCAGCAAUUUUGCUGCUCCUGUUAGACCCCUAUCCAACAAAGCAGUUGCGCGGGGCAAUUCAUUCCCUGUUUCUAUCUCUGUUGACGGAUGCACGCUUCAAGUGCAGAUUUGCAGCCGCCCUCGGAAUCGCAUACCGACCACUGAGUACCUUGUUUUGUGCAGGAGUAGGUACUGAAGCCGAUACACCGCUUGGCUUCACGGUACAAAUAUUUACUGCUGGUAGUUUGGUUCGAGCUCUUGGAAGUGCUCCUGCUGCCGCGAAGCUCUUACUUUCAGACGAUGAACGCGAGUCGGCAUACCAAAAGUCGUCAUCGAUAGGAGUUUUUACGGUGCCAAUAGCAUUAACUGUUGUGCGAUGCAUUCAUACAAACCUGCUCGGUGCGACGAAGGAAGUUCACAUGAUUUUGAACAAUACUGCAAAUAGUUGCUUGGCUGCAACAACGUACGUCGCCGGUGAACAUCCCAUCAUGACUUUACUACCAACAGCUCCAGACGACGGGUACCUUGAUUCUAGAUCAACCAGACAUAAGAGAUUGCCACACUUAUUGCGCGAUUUGGAAUAUGUGAUUGAAACUCCUGGAACGGCUAUGCGAAUUCUGCUGCCAAAGCAAUUUCCACCAUACCGGGGAAUGUCACUGUCGUCACGCGGGGAGGAAGUUUUAACAUUUUGCACAACAUGGGCCCGUUUACUUAGAUUAGCGCAGGGCAUGGAUCCACAAAAACGAAAAACAAAUGGUGGUCACGUCGAGUACGAACAAAGCCGAUGGCUGGAAGCUUUUGGUCUCAGCCUAAACUUCGCGGGUACAAGAGAUGCGCUUGCCGAGAGUCCAACCAAUAGUAGUAGUGCAGCCCUCGCUCCAGUAUCAGAAGAUGGAUCCCAUUUAGUUAGUAUUCGAGAAGCAAUGGGCAAUAUUAUGGCUGCGUUGUUAAAGGAAAUAAAGCUAUGGCUCUACAAAGAGGGAAUGCUAGAGACAGGGCUCCCUGCUGUACCAAGAAGCGCUCUAAGCGCGUCGGAUCAAGCUCAAGUUGAAGCACUCCAGCGAAGUACUUUACACAUUGCCGCUUCGCAGAUUGGUUCUUCAUCUCCUGAAGGGCAAACCUUUCCCUCAUCAAGUGCAAGCACUGUUGCCUUGGCAUGUGCCACGUCAGUCAAAAUGAGAGAAUCACAAUUGAUCCUCAUAGAGAACGCUUUGAAGCUUGAAGGAGCCAACCGACGUGUUAAAAGCGAUGGUGUGCAAAGCCCUAUGGCAGCGUCAAGCCCAACCAGCGGAGCAGUAAUGGGCGAUUGGUUACGUGUUCCGCACUCACCUCUUAGCGGAGAUUCGUUAUCUUUCCAUUUACCCUUACAUCGAGCAUUAGCGAAGACGAUAAGGAGUUUAUGCGCCGUGGUGGUUCCCGAAUCAAUUCGAAACAGCGAUGCUUUAGGAUGGUGGAAGUUACCAGUGGUAGACAUCAUCAAAGACACAUUCGAUCUCAAUGCAAAUAAUUUACAACAUCCGCUUGUCCCCCUUAUAAGACCAACUCUCCGACCGUCAAAUUGCAGAGUUGUUUGGUCUGCAGGUCCGGACUGCAACGCACAAGAGGCGCAACGUCGGCGUGAUCGUUCUCGAACAGUUUCGGCAAACAUUGCGGUCGCGAAAAUUAUCCAUUCCUUAGUUGACCACCCUAUUAGGUGCCUUGCUGCUGCACAACAAAUUGAACGCCAUCUCUGGGCACGCAAUGGGACCUCGGUUGCUGGAAUGGCUCUAAAUUAUUCAAAUGCACCGCUCUGCCGUUCCUUCAGAGAUCUUGAUUUGGCCCUGGUGCAACUAUCAGCGUCCGGAAUGAGUGUCGGUUUGGGUGCUCGACGUGUUUUGACUUUACUGAUCAACCGGUUUAGCAUGGAUGGCUACCUUUGUGAUCCCGAACGACGAUCGACUGGAAAUUCCACUUAUGCAACUGGGCUAGGAGCAUGGAUUAUUCCUCCUCGACUUCAGGAUCCAGAUUAUGCACCAAUUCUUUCCGAAUCUCUCUUUUCAACACUUUGUAUUUUGGUCACGGAACUGCCUCCACCUCCUCCAAUUUCAUCAUCAGACGAAACUUGGCUGAGACAAAGCAUUCGGAGAGAACUAAUCCAUGCAUUAGCAGCCGAACCCAGAUCUCAUAGUGCAGCAAUGGCAGCAGCUUCAUGUGCUGUAGGUCGUAGAGAUGAGAGUGAUGGCAGUGCUGGAACAAGUGGCGGAGGUGGCUUAUUUCGAGACGUAUUCGCAAAAGUUCUGAAAGAUGUUGGAAAACAAAAGACUCAGGGAUCCCGAGGAAGAUCUGGCCCUUCUACUUUUGAAUUAUCGCCGUCAUGUUGCGAAGAAUACGACCCGACAUUCUUCCAUCUUCGCCGACAAGAGCAUCAACAUGCGAUGGAUGUUGUUUCCAGUUUGCGAAAACAAAAACUAACUAGAGACAAAGGGAAAGAGAGUGCUGGAGCUGAUGCUAGUUGUUUCCCAUUGGUAUGUGUACCACCGAAGGCUCAUCCACGUUUUAUUGCUUGUCGUUUGAUGCUUCAUCUAUCACCAAUGGAUGCUGCCAUUCGAAGAGCGUUGCUAUUUGCACUAUGUGGUGGCGCUUGGUUCCCCCCCUCGGAACCGGUGAAGAAAGUAGAAGUCGAAGACGACAUCAUAAUGCCCUCGAGCUCCGACGCUAGUGCUGGUCAGAGUUCCUUUGCACGAGGUAGAUCUAUCGGUGAUGUUCCAAUCAUGACACGUAGCAGACGAUCUGGCAACUCGCCAUCCAAUCCUUUCCAGAAACGGGCCAUGUUUAAUGAGGGCGACUCAAGUACGCCCUUUUCGGCUGAAGUUGUAGCAGCAUCAUCGGUUUCAUUUUUGGAAGAGCUCCAGCUUUUGACACUGCAAGUUCACACUCUUGAAGAGUGUGCUUCUCUCCAUCGUUUACAGCCCGAUUUAGACGAUGAAGCAAAAUCGCUUUCUUCUGGACUUUCUAUCAAUUCUUACCUUGGUCGACUUGUACAUGUGCCAGAAAGUCUUCUUGACGUCUGGGCGUUACGUCAAUUUCCAAAUGGUCCUUUGAAGUCAAAGGGCAGUGGCGAAUGUCGAGGCUCUAUUCUGGGUCUUUUGAUUGCACUUUACGAAUACAGGGGAGAUCAUGGCGCUGGGUCAAAUGGUGGGCAAGAGGAAGCAGGAGAAGGUCAUGGAGGUGCAAGGGCAUUGACUAGCAGUGGACUCAAAUGGCUCUUGCGAUUUGUCAAUGCCCUAGUCGAUGGAGCGCCCAGUGUUGCCACCGCUGUGAAGAGUGCAACAACUGGCGUUCCGUUGAAGCAAUCGACACCAUCAUCUAUUCCAGGGACAGAAUCGAACGGAACGACAAUAUGGUCAAUCGACGAGACAGUGCGAGUGACUAUUAGUGGUAUGCUUUCAAAUCUCCCCGAUCUCUGGCCGAAAGCAGCAGAUGACAAAAUGCAAAAAGAAGCUUCUGCAAAUGAAGAGAAAAAAGAACGUGGCAAGAUUGCCCAGCAGCGAAUGCUUGAAAUGAUGAGGAAGAAACAGAGUGCGUUUGAAAAGAAGAUGGGAACUUCGGAUAAAGGUAGUGUUAAGGAUCAAUUGGAACAAGCAGAAGAUGACUUGUGUAUCAUCUGCAGGUGCGAUGAUGCUGACGGGGGAAAUAAUGGCCCGCUAGGAUAUCUUGGUCACGUGCAACGAUCACGAGUUGCACAGAUGCGUGCAUGUUGCGAAGGGAUUGGCAAAGCAAACGAAGGAAUCGAAAGCCAAUCAUUGUAUCAAAAAUAUCGUGUUGUGGGGCAUAUGGGCUGCCAGGUUCGGGAGACAGAAGCAAUGGAUUCUAAACCAUUGUGUUGUCUGAAGCGAGGAACGAUUGUUUCGGUACUGAAAAGUACUGUAUCAGAUAAAUAUGACAUCAUAUC